GCAAAGCAUCAUCCCGUUGAUGGCGAUUGGAAUGGAUCAAUAAGCAUUCAGCUACCGCUAUUAUUCAGCGAACUGACUAUAAAAGCCGCCGCGUUUAUUCCCUCCACAUCGACAAUGGCAGACUCAAAGCUCUUUCAGCCCAUCAAAAUCGGCAAUCUCACCCUUAAUCAUCGUAUUGUCCUCGCACCGUUGACGCGAUACAAGUCAUCGGAGAAAGGACAUGUACCGUAUAUGUCAGUCAUGAAGGAGUACUAUUCGCAGAGAGGUAGCGAACCUGGUACCCUUCUAAUAACGGAGGCGACGUUUAUUGCACAAAGGGCUGGAGGAUACAAGAACAUCCCAGGAUUAUGGACGCAGGAGCAGCUAGAUGCGUGGAAGGAGGUAACCGACGCCGUCCACGCCAAGGGAAGCUACAUUUUCUGCCAACUGUGGGCCUUGGGGCGUGCCGCCGAACUUUCUGACCUCAAAGACGAGGAUCCAUCCCUGGAAUAUGUCGCUCCCUCUGCUAUCAAGCUCUCCGAUUACCCCGAUACACCUCGCCCGCUCACUCUAGAUGAGAUCCGCGAGUACCCCAAGCUCUAUGCCCAAGCAGCGGCCAAUGCAGUGUUCAAAGCAGGUUUCGACGGCGUCGAGAUCCAUGGUGCGAAUGGGUACCUUAUCGAUCAGUUCCUCCAGGACGUAUCUAACAAGCGUACGGAUGCCUAUGGAGGGAGCAUCGAGAACCGUGCACGGUUCGGACUCGAAGUCAUGGAUGCGGUUGUCAACGCGGUCGGAGCGAGUCGUACCGCCAUCCGGCUGAGCCCAUGGUCGCCAUGGCAGGGUAUGCGCAUGGAGGACCCCGUUCCUACGUUUUCGUACUUGGUGACGAAGAUCGGGCAGCGCCAUGCGAAUUUGGCGUAUAUACAUGUUGUGGAGCCGAGGAUAUCUGGGAACCAGACGAGCGAUAAAGUGGGUACGGGCGAGUCGAAUGAUUUUAUAAGAGAGUUGUGGGCGCCGAGGCCGUUGAUAUCGGCAGGGGGGUAUACCCGGGAGGAGGCGAUAGAGGUGGCGGAUAAGAAGGGGGAUCUUGUUGCGUUUGGGAGGUACUUUAUUUCGAAUCCUGAUCUGCCGAAGAGGUUGAAGAAGAAUAUACCGUUUACACCGUAUAAUAGGCCGACGUUUUAUUUGCACGGGGAGGUUGCAGAGGGGUAUACAGACUAUCCUUUCGCUUCUGAGUAGAGAAUGAU